CAUUUGAGUAGACAGGAACGAAAUGUACUUCAUUGGUGUUGACGUUGGAACUUCCUCGGUACGAGCAGGACUUGUCAAAAAAGUCGAGAAUGGUGGUGGAAAGUUGAUAAAGUAUCAUGCAGAACCAAUAACGAUUUUUAAGCCAAAAACAAGCUAUUUUGAACAAUCAUCAAAAAACAUAUGGGACAAGGUCUGUGAAUGUGUCAAGAAUGUCACGGCCGAUAUAAUUGACAAAUCUGAAAUCAAGGGAAUUGGUUUCGAUGCUACAUGCUCAUUAGUACUAUUAGACAAGCAUAAUGAGCCAUUGUCUGCAAGUCCUACAAAUAAUAAUGAUCAGAACAUUAUAAUGUGGCUAGAUCAUAGAGCAGAAAAGGAAGCGGACUUUAUUAAUUCUCUUGGACAUGAUUGCUUAAAAUACGUUGGUGGAAAAGUCUCAUUAGAAAUGGAAAUACCAAAACUUUUAUGGCUUAAAAGGAACAUGCUCGAUUCAUACAAUAAUAUCCAUUAUGCAUUUGACUUGCCUGACUUUCUCACAUUUAAAGCUACUGGAAAGACUUCAAGGUCAAUUUGUUCACUGACGUGUAAAUGGAACUACGAUGCAGUUAAAGGACAAUUUCCACAAGAUUAUUUUGAAUCAAUUGGAUUAAAGGAGCUGACAGAAGACAAUUAUUCAAAAAUUGGCAAUGACAUUCUGUUUCCUGGUGAUUUUGUAGGCAAAUUAAGCAAUGAAGCUGCAAAUGACAUGAAUUUAAUUAAUGGAAUAUCCGUUGCAACUUCCAUAAUUGAUGCUCAUGCUGGGGGACUCGGAUUAAUUGGAUCAACGACUAAUAAAUUAAGUGACGUAGAUUUGACAUCAAAAUUAGUUUUAAUAGCUGGAACGUCAUCAUGUCACAUGUCAAUUACUGAGAAUAUUCUUUUUACAAAAGGUGUAUGGGGUCCAUAUAAGAAUGCUCUCAUUCCUAACUACUUCCUCUCAGAAGGUGGUCAAUCUGCGUCUGGGGUGUUGAUUGACUACAUUUUAAGUACUCAUCCUGACUAUCAAAAGACAUUAAACGACUUGAAUGGACAAAACAUUCAUGAUUAUCUUUAUGAUGAAAUUUUAAAGCUAUCGACUUCAGCUAGCUUAAAGACAUUCCAUGAACUGACUAAAGAUUUUCACAUUUAUCCUGACUUUCACGGAAAUCGAAGCCCUGUAGCUGACAGCACAUUAACGGGAAUGAUUUGUGGCCUUACUAUGCACAAUUCAAUAUUUAUUACUUAUUUGGCAAUGAUUCAAGCAUUAUCGUACAGCACUAAGCACAUCAUUGAAUCCCUUUAUAAAGCUGGUCGUAAUGAAUUUAAAUCAAUUCUAAUUUGUGGUGGGCUCUCAAAAAAUAAACUUUUUAUACAAACAACAGCAGAUGUUUGCAGCAUUCCAGUUUUAAUAUCCAAUGAGCCUGAGAGUGUCUUAUUAGGUGCUGCAAUUUUGGGUGCUACUGCCAGUAAAAUAUUCCCUAACUUAAAAACUGCUAUUAAUGAAUUAAAAAAUGAUGCUUAUCAGAUUGAAGCUGACGUAAAUUCAUUUGAUUAUCAUUCUCGAAAGUAUCGCGUAUUCCUGAAAAUGCUUGAUGAUCAGCAAUCCUAUAAAAAUAUUAUGAAUGGAACUUAAGGGUGAUUAUAUUUGUUUUGGAGGCAUUUUAUUGAACUUUAUUUAAUUUAUUUUUAUUACUCUUGAUAAGAUUAUGGAUUAAUAGGUAUUUGAGUUGUGCAAUUGAUUGACUUGUUAAGUUUUUGUCAAGCAUAUAACUUUUUAACGGAUUUGAAAUGUUUGAAUCUAACGAUUUUGAAAAUUUCUUUUGUAAGGUUUUGAAGUUUUAAUUGCUGUUGCACGGCUCUCGAACAAUAAAAACACCAAGGCGUGGACACUCAAAAAUACGCUGGGAUUAUUCAGGAUUAUUGGAG